AGUUACAUUUCUCUAACAAUUAUGGCUUGUUUGGAGAUAAAGUUUGGUAAAUGAAAGAAAGAAGUUUCGUCGUGAUGAGAGGUGCCAAGAACAGAUGAAUUUCGAAUUGUCACUAUAGUGUAAGAGUGUGUCAGUAUGAUGAAGUUGUGUACAAAGGUUUAGAAGUUUAACUUUUUCUCCUUUUGUGUGAAAAACAGGUGCAACGAACGCUGUGAAUAAUUGUGGAAAAACAGUGUGCAUGCAUUAAAUGGGAUGAGCUACUAUUGUUUGUUAGUAGUUGAAACGAAUUAAAGAGUUAGGGGGACCAAUAUAGUAAAACAUAUAUCCUUCCUGGGGUUAUAAAAGCCUCUCAUCAUGCUAGUUGAUAUGUACUACACCAACCACACAGGAUCAAAGAGAGUGUGAGUGAUUUCAUAUAGUAAAGAUGUUACUAGAGAACAAGAAAACAGCGUUAUUGUUAUUGCUUUGUGCGCAUGUUUUUGUGGCCGAUAUUGUGGUUGCAAGGAAUGUGGCAAAUGUAAACAAUGAAGAGGAGAAGAACCUUGUAGGAUUUGGUAAGGGAGGUGGAUUUGGAGUUGGAUUUGGUGGAGGAGGAGGAGCUGGUGGAGCUGGAGCUGGAGGAGGAGGAGGACUUGGAGGUGGUGCAGGUGGUGGAGGAGGGUUUGGUGGAGGUGUAGGUGGGGGCGGUGGACUUGGAGGUGGAGGAGGGUUUGGUGGAGGUGCCGGUGGAGGGCAUGGGAUAGGAGGUGGGAUUGGUAAAGGAGGAGGAAUUGGCGGUGGGAUAGGAAAAGGUGGAGGACUUGGUGGGGGUGGUGGCUUUGGAAAAGGUGGAGGCGUAGGAGGUGGAACAGGUAAAGGUGGAGGACUGGGAGGUGGUCAUGGUGGAGGGUUAGGAGGUGGUGGUGGCUUUGGAAAAGGUGGUGGUGUUGGAGGUGGAAUAGGUAAAGGUGGAGGACUAGGAGGUGGUCAUGGUGGAGGGUUAGGAGGUGGUGGUGGCUUUGGAAAAGGUGGUGGUGUUGGAGGUGGAAUAGGUAAAGGUGGAGGAUUAGGAGGUGGUGGCUUUGGAAAAGGUGGUGGUGUUGGAGGAGGUGCAGGUGGUGGUUUUGGAAAGGGUGGUGGCAUUGGCAAGGGUGGAGGUCUUGGUGGUGGAGGUGGUAUAGGAAAAGGUGGUGGUGUAGGCGGUGGGAUUGGUAAAGGUGGAGGUCUUGGUGGUGGUGGAGGUUUUGGAAAAGGUGGUGGUGUAGGGAGUGGAAUUGGCAAAGGUGGAGGUCUUGGUGGUGGUGGAGGCUUUGGAAAAGGUGGUGGUGUAGGAGGUGGAAUUGGCAAAGGUGGAGGUUUAGGUGGUGGUUCAGGUGGAGGUGGCGGUUUAGGUGGUGGUGUUGGAGGUGGUUCUGGCACUGGUAUUGGUGGUGGAAUUGGGAAAGGUGGAGGUUUUGGUGGAAGUGUUGGAGGUGGUUCAGGCGGAGGUUUAGGUGGUGGUGUUGGAGGUGGUUCAGGGGGAGGCUUGGGUGGUGGUGUUGGAGGUGGUUCAGGUAGUGGACUUGGAGGAGGAUUUGGUAAAGGUGGAGGUUUUGGUGGUGGUGCUGGUGGAGGUUCUGGCGGUGGUAUUGGUGGAGGAUUUGGCAAAGGUGGUGGCUUUGGAGGAGGUGUUGGCGGAGGAGCAGGAGGUGGUUUUGGUGGAGGGGCUGGUGGUGGAUUUGGUGGUGGUGGUGGCGGAGGAGGAGGAGGUGGAGGUGGUGGAAUUGGAAAGUUGCACCACUGAGCAUCACUAUUAUCGUCGAUGUUGCAUGCGAUAUAGACUAAUAUAUCAUUUUAUUGAGCUUCUAUUGUUUCUGCGUUGUAUCUUCACAUCAAAAACUUGCAUGAGUGAAAUUAAAAUAUUACUAUGCUUAUCAUAUAAAUGUAUGAAAUUUUCUCGGAUAACAUUGAAUGAAAGAAUUAAAUAUA